CAUGGGUCAGGUGGACCAUGGGAAAUCACCACCUCUUCAUACACAGAACUGGCAGAUAUUUUUCUAAAUGCGGCGCAGGAACUUGGAUAUAAACUUGGUGAUGUUAAUGGAGAGAAUCAAGAGGUUUUCAUGAAAUCGCAAGCAAACACAAAAGAUGGAAAACGUUGGAGCACAGCUGAAGCAUAUCUGAGACCAGCCAUGCACAGAUCAAACCUAGACAUAGCCAUCAAUACUCACGUAACCAAGAUAAACUUUGAUGGUAAGAAGGCGACAGGAGUCACCUUCAUUCACGGUGCUGAGAAGAAGACUGUUCAUGUAUCAAAGGAAGUGAUUCUCUCUGCUGGUAGCAUUGGUUCUCCGCACAUCCUCAUGUUGUCUGGUGUUGGGCCAAAGGAUCACCUUACCAAGUUCAACAUAUCAACUGUUGCUGACUUGCCGGUCGGUCAACACCUACAGGAACACCCUGGCCUCAUGUAUCCAGAGUUCUGGCUAGAGAAACCUCUAUCUGUCACCCUAGACAUGAUGAACAGUUGGAAGGCCAGCAUACAGUAUAACCUGUUUGGAAAAGGUCCUAUAGCCUAUCAACUCUUCGACACUGUGGGCGUUCUCAAGACAAAAGCUGCUGACCCUAAACGUGGUCUACCUGACAUUCAGAUACAGCUCAUGCCCAUGGGACUUGGUUUUGACACCGAUGAAGUUGUUUACAAUACACUUGGCCUCGACAGAAACUUUAUAAAGGCCUACAAUUUUUCCGAGCACAAGACUCGUCCAGUCAUGACAUGGGUUGCAAUCCUUCUUCACCCGAAGAGUGUUGGAGAGAUUCGGCUGCAAUCAUCAGACGCACUCGAUCCACCGGAGAUUGACCCAAACUACUUUGACGAUGACUCUGAUGUCAAGUCGCUAGUAGAGAGUAUAAAGAUCAGUCUGCAGUUUGCUGAGACUAAAGCAUUAAAAGCUAUCGGCGUUAAACUGCGAGAUCAGAUCGUUCCAGGCUGUGAGAAGCAUGAAUACAAAUCUGACAACUACUGGGACUGUGCCGUGAGAACAGUAACAGCGACCAUAUAUCACCCGACAGGAACAUGUAAGAUGGGAGCAAUCAAUGACCAAACUGCAGUUGUUGAUCCACAACUCAGGGUUCGUGGAGUCCGUGGUCUGAGAGUGGCUGAUGCUUCUAUAAUGCCGGAGAUUGUAUCAGCUAACACCCAGGCCACUACAGUCAUGGUUGCAGAGAAGGCAGCUGACAUGAUACUAUCAGGAGCAUGAUCGGCUACACACUACAGAGGGCAAAAUGUGGUUAUUUCUACGUAGAAAGAACUACUAAAGUAACCUACCUAAGUAACUUUGUACAUUAAUUACUUGCUUACUACUGUAUGUGUAUAACUACUUCUAAUGUACACCAAGUCUGUGCUUCACACAUAUACUCUCCAUAAUGCAUCCUUCAUCUAUGCUCCACACCAUUCCCGUUCUCACAUCAAAUGUGUUAUAGAAACUGGAUCAUACCACACGUAAAUACAACGUAGGUUUCGUAUAGAACAGAUGUUCUAUGUAUAUUAAUUUUUACGAUAAAAAAUACAACUGAUUACGUAUAAAACAACUUACAGAUUAUUGGGAAAUCUUGAAGCGACGUGGAAAGUUAAAUAACGUACGUAUAUGUUUAAAGUGACUAUAAUAUUUUACAGUACAUUAAGUUACAAAAAAUAAAACCUAGCGCUUACAUAACCCAAUUCAGUAUACAUAUAGAUUUUUUCAACUUUUUCAUCUAUAAAUAUGAGAGUGAGAAAAUCUGCGUUUAA